GGUUCAACUUCAUGCCAGGAUGGAGAGGAAAAAGCAGCAGUUACUUUUAGGAAAGGAAACAAGCUCAGAAACUGCAAACCAGCCCUCUGAGAUGCUAAAAGAAAUAGUACUGAGGUGGUUUCUGGAGACACAGGCUGCAAUACUAGAGAAUGGUACUUUUCCUGAAUGGUUCCAUGGAUUCAUUACAAGAAAGCAGACCGAAGACAUGCUGAGACACAGAGAUGUUGGCUGCUUUUUGAUCAGACUAAGUGACAGAGCAAUUGGUUAUAUUCUCUCAUACAGAGGCAAGGAUCGAUGUCGGCAUUUUGUCAUCAAGCACUUGAGUAAUGGCCACUACGUUGUGUCCGGGGACACCUGCACUCAUGAAAGUCUUGCAGAAUUGAUAAGUUAUUACCAAACUUCUGUAAUUGAGCCGUUUGGAGAAAGUCUUACAAUUGCCUAUGAUAAGACAGCUGACAAAAGUAUAUAUGAUGACAUCGCUUGGGAUCAGAAAAAUAAACCAAACAAUAAGGCAAUAGCUUCCCUAUUAGCAAAGAAAAUGUCUGGUAGCUCAACAGCCACAGUACCAGUGGGUGACAUCUACAUCAAUUCUGAUCACAGUGAGAAACUCCUAGAUUUCUCUUCAAGAUCAAAGAUAUUUCAAGAUCAUUCGCAGAAUGCUGAGGAUUCUGACACAGCUCCACCACUGCCAGAGAGGAGCAGCUUGCUCACAUUUGAGACGUUCAGGCAUGACACAGACAAACAAGACCACAUCGUGUACGCAGAGCUGAACAAACGCCUUCUGACUGACACAGCCAGCGCGCUGAAGAUGCACGCUGCCGCAGAGGAACCCUCUGGAAAUUCAGCCUGCUUAUCAACCGAAACUCAGGGGAAACAUGGCACAAAGAUGAGCACAGCUUAUGCCACAGCCAAGCAAACUGAAUGUACACAUAGCAAAAAUACUGAUCUUCUACAGCCAUCUCCUCCAGAAAUCGUGUAUGCUGAACUUCAGCUGCAGCAGUGCAAAAAUCACUCAUUUCUUCAUAAUCAGACUCUCCACUCCCUACCUCUUCCUCUGUCAAGUGCUCCAGAAACGAAGCUGACAUUAAAUUAUCCUGCUUCUCUGCACUCUACGUUCACUCCAAAGUUACCCAGCAAAGCAAGAUUCACCACGGAGUCCCAAAGCUCAGAACAGCAACUUACAACCUAUGAAACCUCCCUCCACUUUAGUGAAGGCCUCAGAAAAUCUGAUGAGAAAGUCUCUUACGAAUCCCUGACACACAGAAUGUAUGAGCAGAUCGAGAAGAUGAAAUCUGGCUUUGAUAACGUGGAUAAGCGAAGAAGAUUUCUUUUCACUGACAAGAAGAAUAAAUCAUGAAGAUGGAAUGCUAUAUUUGCUUAAUUUUAUGGAUCACAGAAAGACAUACAAGGACAAAUCCUUUUAAUAAUUUCAACAAUGAGAAAAAAAAAUGCCUAUUUUCACUAUCAAAGUAAAGGUAGACACUAAAAAGCAAAUUCACCACUAUUGCUAUUAUCAGGGAAACAAAGCCUCAGCUGAGACAGCUCUCUCAAUCUCAAUUUUCAUUACCUCAAGCUAUGCAUUUUUAGGGCCAAAUCCCAAGAAUCCCAGAAUGACCCAGAAUCCAAGCUCAUCAGCAUGGAAUACAUGGUGGCAGAGGGUCUGGAGGUGCCUCACAUUUUGGAGAAGACAACAACCUUCAAUCUUCUGUGUUGGAUUAUUUCAAACUGUAAGAGGAGCAAGAUACCUUUUAUAAGGAUCAGCCAUAUAACUUUCCUUUUCUCACUGUGUACAGCAAUAAUGGCAGCAUUGCUUUCGUAUUUUUGCUGUGGCACUGGCUACUUACACGUUUUCAACACAGAAACAACAACGGAGGUGGAAAACUGCUAUUGAACCUAUGACAGAUUCUAUGCUAAUAAAAAACUCCAGCUAAUGGAAUAUGUGAAUUUUUACUCCUCCAUCAAUUUGACUGACCUUGUGGUGUUCUUCAUCAUCUUAGGCUGUAAACUCCUCUGAGGCAGGAACUGGCAUUUUGUUCUGUCUUUGUACAGGACCUAACACAAUGAAGUCCUGAUGAGGGGCUUAGAGUACAAAUUAUUAUAGAAAUGCUAAUGAUAUACUUAGGUACUUGUUUACAUUAAUUAAAGUAGUAUGUAUAUGCUAUGUCAAACAUUGAUAACUGAUUAUUACAGUACUUUUCAGUACUGUAUUUUUCACUCUAAACAAAAUCUUUGGUUUGAUUAUAAUCUUCCCUUUUGCAUAGCUAAACUCAACUAGCUGAGUUUAAUUCUAACAUAACCUUGUGAGAAUCGAAGAAGAAUCAAGCUCUUUGAACUUAAGUUUAUUUGGAUAUUUAUUUAAAAUCUUGAUUUGGAUGUCUGGGAAACAGACAGUCAUUCAUACUUUUUCUCAGCUUAGAACUAAAUGUAUCAUUUAAAUGAGAAAUAAAUUAUAUAUACUUUUUAAAAUGUA